UGCGAUUUCUUCACCAUAUCAUUUAUGAUAGUCAAUCUCGGCCUGCAUGAUUCCUAUCUUAGCUUUCUGUUUUUACGAUCCUGCCGGUUAUCUUACCUAGGAAAUUACCGUUUUCUGGGCUAUUUAUUGCACAGGAGCCUUGCAAGUUCUGACGUUGAAGAAGCCCUGACGGGAAUCAGGCUCAUCUCAUGCAUAACUAUAUACAUGGCUCCAACAGGCAUUAGAUGAGUGUGCACAAUACUCCCCACAGGUAUUAAUUGUUCCUGAUAACUGUGGGAAACGAAGAAUGAACAAACGUUCGGUGAUUGAGUCGCAAUCCACCAAAGCUCAGAAGUUGCCCCUGAGCUAACGAUAUGCAGUUCCUGACACGAUCCCAACCGGGGCGGGGAAGCUCUUCGGAUCAAGAUACGUCAUGCAUUCAGCUUUGACGGCCUCGCGAGGGCGAAGACAUUGAUCACAUAAGAGCUGAUUCCCUCUUUGCUUUCUCCAAGGGGAUUCUAACGCGUUCUCGGAGGAUUUGACGUAAUUGAGAGGAAAUGGCACAACGAUUGGUGGCUCGACGUGCCAACGCGACCCUUUUGCCUGCUCCCCGUUGCACCGCAAAAAUCAACCCAUUUACUGGCCCUGCUGUUGUGUUUGCGUGUCACCAACCGCAAGCCCGAGCCAUCAAAUCCACGGCUGUGUCCAAAGGCGUGGUGUCGUACACGAUGCAGAAAUUGGGGGAUACGCUCGCCGAAAACUUCGGCGGAGCAUUCACGAAGCUCGGCUCCCGACAAUUCAAGCUCGAUGAUUGCCCUGAUCUGACCGGAAAGGUGGGUGUUGUGACGGGAGGCAGCCAAGGGAUUGGGUUCGGCGUGGCAUAUACCCUCCUCAAGCACAACAUCAGUAAGCUCUACAUAAUUUCCGUCAACAAGGAGGUCUUUGAGGGCGCCAAAGCCGUCAUCUCCGAUGAACUGGGACAAGACAAGGCUGCCCGGAUGGUCUGGAUGAAGUGUGACCUUAGCGACUGGCGGCGGGUCAAAGAAGUAGCCGAGAUGAUCAAGCGCGACAAUAACCGGCUCGACAUCCUCGUCAACAACUCGGGUCGAGGCAUCAUGUCAGCCGAGCUCACCUCAUAUGGAGUGGACAGGCACAUGGCAGUCAACCACAUGGGCCACGUCGUCCUCACAUCCCAUCUGCUACCCUUGAUGCAAAAGACAGCCGAGGAAGGAAACAUUGUGAGAAUCAGCAACCAGAGCUCCAAUCUGCAUACCGGUGCUCCCAAGGACACCAAGUUCGCUUCGCUGGACGAGAUCAACCAGGACGUCGGACCCAAUGCGCAGUACGGAAGGAGCAAGCUGGCGGGGAUACUCUACUCGCGAUACUUCAACCGCAAGGUAACGCAAAAUGGGCACCCAAAUGUGCUCAUGAACGCUACACACCCAGGCUUCGUGAGCACCAAGCAGAGUAGGGACGAUAUUCUCGAGCCGUAUCCCUUGGGUGGGUACGUGAUGAAGUACGGCAUAGAACCGAUUAAGAAGGACCAGUUUGAGGGAGCCGUGCCUACAGUGUUCUGCGCAACCAAAAUCAAGGAUUCAGGCCAGUAUAUCUGCCCGCCUUGCAUCCCUGAAGAGGGCAGCCAAAUGUCGCAAGAUGAUGAGCUGGCGGAUAGAUUGAUGGAGUUGACGAGGAAUAUCAUCACUGAGAAGACGAGAAUGGACUCGGUGGAGAGAGGAUGUCCAAUGGAUGAUGUUGUUGUACAUUAA